AAUAAAUAUUUUAUUGUCGAGCUAUGUCGCCAGUGAUUCCUCCAGCUAAAAAUUGGAAAGAAACAAAUCGUUUAUUAAAAGAGCAACGAAAGAAAUGGCGUGAAGAGAGGUUAGUAAAAAAGUUGAAGAAAGAAGAAGCUGAGGAGUUGCAGAAAGAGGCAGCAAAACCUGUUGAACAUUUUGAGAAAAAAGAUGUUUCAACGAUAAGUAUUGCAGUUCCUGGGUCGAUUUUGGACAAUGCUCAAUCGCCAGAGUUGCGAACGUAUCUUGCAGGACAAAUAGCGCGUGCAGCCUGCGUUUACCAAAUAGAUGAAAUUGUUGUUUUUGAUGACAAAGGAGAAAUCACAGAGGAUGAAAAGAAAAAAGUUCGAAAUGACGAGGUUUUAGGUGAAAGAAGAAUUGGCUGUUUACAGCUGGCUAGAAUAUUACAGUAUCUCGAAUGUCCACAAUAUUUGAGAAAGUACUUUUUCCCGUUGCAUAAAGAUUUACAAUAUGCUGGAGUGUUAAAUCCGUUAGAUACUCCACAUCAUUUGCGUCAGUCUGAUGUAUCUUUGUAUCGAGAAGGAGUGAUCACAAAUAAACCAGUUAAAGGUGACAAAGGUUCUUAUGUUAACGUUGGAUUAUUAAACAAUGUCCAUGUGGACAAAGUGUUAACAGCUGGAUUAAGAGUCACUGUAAAAAUACCACCAGACCAACCAAAUCCAAAAAAAAUCAAAGGAUUUAUUGUACCUCCUAACAUUCCAAGAGCAGAAAGUGGUAUAUAUUGGGGAUAUAACGUAAGACUAGCAAAUAAUCUUACAGAAGCAUUAACUCAAGGUCCUUAUGAGGAUGGAUAUGAUUUGACAAUUGGAACUUCAGAUAAAGGAAAGUCUGUUGAUGAUAUAGAAGUUAAAAGUAUAAAAUACCAUCAUGCUUUGAUAGUAUUUGGUGGGUUAAGUGGAUUAGAGGCUGCAUUGGAUGGUGAUCCUAGUUUGGAUGUAGAUGAUCCAUCCUUAAUAUUUGAUAAAUAUUUAAAUACCUGUCCCCAACAAGGGUCAAGGACAAUUAGAACAGAAGAAGCUAUUCUGAUUACUUUAGCAGAAUUAAGGACAAAAUUAUCUUCUAAAGUUGCUCCAUUACCAAAUCCUCAAUUUAACAGUUUUGUAGAUAAUUGAAUUAUGAGUGAAUAAUAAAUGUGACUGUAAUGAUGAA